ACAGCAAUAGCAGAGGAUCACAGAGGCACAUUACUGGCAGGAUGUCUAGGACAAAGUUUAUAAAAACCAAAGGGGGGGAAACCUCCAGUGACCUUUCAUCCUGGCCUGCUGAAGCUACCUAUCAAAUUGUCCAAAAGCCUAAAGAAAAAAUACUUCAUGGAUCUCUUGCCAAGCCUCGUUUCUUAGAGCAACUGGAGUGUCAUCUCAAGAGAGAAUUAGAAGCUUUAGACACACACAGCCCCAAAGUCCAGGAGCUCCGACUGCAGGUUUAUCAGGAGGUCUUUGGCUAUUUAAUUGAAGAAUUUAAAACCUAUAAGCCUAUUUUUUCUGCUAUCAAAAAUGAGUAUGACAUCACAUUAGCGCAUCUUCGUGAACAGAUUAGGGAUCUGCUACCACUGCGGGCAAAGCUAGUGCUUGCGUCGGAACAGUGUGAGAAGAGGAUUCUGGAUCUGAAAGUGCAGAAAAGAGAUGAGAUCCGAAAUCUGAAGCAAGACUGUCAGGAACUGCAGGACGUCGUUAAGAGUAUGAGAAGACAACAGAGUGCUCUGCAGAUUCAGGUUGAUCAUCUAAAAGAGGACCUGGCCUCCCAGUAUCAGCUAUACAGGGAUGAACGUGAUGCACGAAAGCUGCUCAUCACCACAAUCAGCACAAUGCGCUAUACUCAAGAUACUGAACGUGAUGAUAAUAAUGAAGAGGUGGAAUCUGAGGAUCCUAUGGUGGUGAAAAUGGCUUUGCAGGUGUGUAGAGAGGAUCUUACCAAAGCUCAGGUUGAGCUCAACCGCCUGGAAGCAGAAUACAGUGAUGUGGUCCCUCGACGGGACUGGGACAACCUGAAUCGUAUGCAUGAGGUGACUCUAAUAAAGCUGGAAACCUUACAAACAGACUUUGACCAGAUGAAGUCUGAAUAUGACACACUGCUUAAGGUUCAUCGCCAGUCAGCACCUGCUGUGUUACACUCUAAUCAGUCAGUGCAGCAACAUGGCUCUGAUAACAAACACAUUGUAACAACUCCCAGACCAAACUGGGAACAAUGUUCAGACAUACUCGGAGGAAUUGAACGAUGUAAAGAGCUUUUUGAAGGUCAGUCCAGCCAAAAGAAGCUGGAGCUCUUGCUGCAGGAGAUGAAUGGACAGAAUGAGUUCUUUACUGGACUUGGCACAUCCAGUGACGUCCCCAUUUAUCUACAAUAUGAGGGGACAAUUAAGAAUCUUAAGCUCAAGAAAACAGAUGUUAUCAGAGUUAUAAAAGAUAUUUGGAGGAACAAAACUACAGAGAAUGAAAAGAUUGAUUACUCCAGAGAUCUGCAGGUGUUUCUUCACAGCUAUCUUGUGGAACAGUAUAAGGAUAAGUCCGGAGAGUGGGCUUACAGCUUGAUGGAAAGCAUCCAAAACAAUCUUAAAGAUGAUUUCAUCUGCCUUUUCAAUGACAUCUUGACUGGGAAGGUUGAUGAGAGUAUCUACCAUGGACAGACACAGCUGCUGUCUCACUUGCUCAAGGUUUUUAUUCAAAGUGACAUAACACAGUGCGGAUCACGAACUGUCUUAGAAUUUAGUGAGGCAUUGAAGCAGGCUUUCCCCCUGAAGUCAGAUCAGGACAUAGAGGAGCUGAUGAUGACGGCUCAGACAGAGCUAAAGAGUAAUGGAGUGCGCAUUUCUUAUCAGACACUUUAUACAGAGGACACAGAUGGAAGACACAAAGAAUUCCUGAGUCUAGUUAAAAAACAAGCUAUCGCUGAGAGACUCCAGUACAUCAGCGAGUUGAGAGUCCAACUUGAAGGCAAAGGGGAAGUGGACGCAGAGCAUCUCGGGACUGCCUUCAAAACUAUCGAUCCUUCACUGGAUUCUGAAACUCUGGACUGGUAUUUCAGUGUAGCUUUUAAGACCAAGGAGUGUGAAUUACAAGCUGAAGCUUUGAACACGGAGGUUGUGCUACAGCGUCUCUCUGUGGCUGAUGUAAAAAGGGCAGGGCCAGAGCGAUGACCAUAGUUAUGUCAAACACAUUUCCAAUUUUUCUUUUUAUAGCACACUACAUAUAUAAACCAAGUACAGCACCAGGGCAUAGAAAUACCUCUGUGCUAAUAGUUUG